CUUUACCGGAAGUGUACUAAGCGUCGCUAACGGCGGUGACGGAAUCACCGGAGACUCCUCGCGUUAACCGGCGGCUCCACCGGGGACGUGUCAGUGCCACAAGAAGCCCGGGGACGGGUCGUGUCGCCCGGUGUCGCAGGUUGGAGUCCACCGGGAGUGUCUCCGGAGAAUGUGGAGCGGUGAGAGCUGAUGAAGUUCACCAGAGAUCUGUGCCGGCUGCUGGGCUUAGGAGGCGAUGGGCCAGGUGAGGAGGAGCUGGAGGCUCAGGAUGGUGCUUCUGACCCAGCAGACGGAAGAAAAGGCCAAAGCUCAGAGGUCACAGUGAAAAAUGAGGAGGGUCUGGAUGAGAAGGAAAGGGCAAAGAGGAGAGCGGAAAGGAGGAGAGCAAAGAGGAAAAGGCAGAAAGAGCGGAAGAAACUGGAGAGAGAGGAGAGGAUGGAAGAUGCUUUGGAGCAGGAAGAAGCGUCAGGAGGAGCUGUGACGGAGAGCAACAGUGAGGAGGAAUACAAAGAGGAGGAGUCAUGGACCGCGGUUCGUCCCUCAAACAAGUGCAACCCUGAAACAGUCCCAGGCCUCAUGACUACAGAGAACAAAAACAACUGCAAGUUGCCCCACAGGACGUCAGAGGAGAUGGAGCCAGAGUGGGACGUCAGCAGUGCAUUUGUGGCUAACGCCGCCAGCCACAUCAAGCUCAAAGGCCUGAAGAGCAGAGGGCUACAGAUCACCAGAGAGAACAAGGAGAACGAGGCCAGGAGCAGCCAGGGGGAGAACACAGAAGAAAUGAAGAGGAGGGGAGAGUCUCUGACAGAACAAGGCAUUCAGAUGUUUGGGCGAGGCCAGUACAGCCAGGCAGUACACAUGUUUUCAGAAGCCAUCUACUGUGACCCUAAGGACCACAGGUUCUACGGAAAUCGCUCUUACUGUUACUUGUGUCUGGAGCAGUACUCCUCGGCCCUAAAGGACGCUCAGAGGUCCAUUGAGCUGGCUCCCGAUUGGCCGAAGGGAUUCUUCCGUAAGGGUUGCGCUUUGAUGGGGUUAAAGGUCAGCACCUGCUGUUCAAGCAUAGACUGUGAAUUUAAGUGGACGUUAACUCUGGGUCUGAUAAGUGCCUGAAAACUGUAUUCUCUCUAAU